CUUCAAGGAAACUACUCCAGAUACAUUAGAAAUUAGGGAACAUAAAUAUUACUCGAAUGUUGAUUCACGCGUAUAAUUAUUAUUAUCACGGGGCAACUUCGUAGAUCGUACGUAUACAAAGACUCGUCAUCACACAAGUCUUUCUGUAUUGUUUUGCAAGUAUUUGGAAAUUUGGUGGAAAAUCAUCUGCUGUGUCAGAAUUUCAGGCUUAAUUAAUUGAGUCCAUGUAUUUCAUGGAAAUUUGCUAUAUAAUUUUCAAGCCCGCAUAAUUAGAAGGCCGAUUAGUUGGUAAGUUGGUUUGGCUAAACCGAACGUGGAGUGGAUUGAUUACCAAAUUAGGUAACGCGUAUUUGGGUAUAUAAAACCCCCCAGGAAUCAGAUGGGUUUUUGCUUUUGCACAAGGGUUUGGAUUUGGAAGAAGCAACACACAAUUGCAUACAUUUUCUUCGGUCAAAAUCAUGGGGCAAUGCUUCUCUGACGUGAAAGGCGGUCAGCAGGCGGUUGGUGGUGUGGCCGGAGCCGCUAUCGGCGGCGGCGCGGCGGAUUCUGGCCCUAACGACGCCGUGGACUACUUCUUCAGGGCGAAAGGGGAACACAAUCUUUGCACACAAAUCGAGUUGUCUCUAUCAGCUUCAAAGCUUCUUGAUCUCGAUGUUGUAUCAAAGAGUGAUCCUAUGGCAGUGGUCUACAUGAAGAGACGGGAUGGGAAGCUUGAUGAACUUGGCCGCACUGAAGUAAUACUGAACAAUCUAGACCCUACUUGGAUUCAUAAGAUACAUAUCACAUAUCAAUUUGAGAUUAUUCAAACGCUAAUUUUUCACGUGUAUGAUGUCGACUCUAAAUAUCAUAAUAUACCUGUGAAGAUGCUGAAAUUGCAAGAUCAAGAUUUCCUUGGUGAAGCUACUUGUGUUGUCUCUCAGAUUGUUACUAAACGAAACCGGAGUUUGACCUUGAAUCUCCAUAAUAGAAAUGGAAUAUGUUCGGGAAAUUUGGGGACAAUAACUGUCCGUGCAGAGGAAACUGUUGCUUCAAGGAAUGCCGUCGAGCUUGAAUUUCGUUGUUCAGCUCUAGAAAACAAAGAUACGUUCUCCACAAGUGAUCCUUUCUUAAGAAUCUCCAGAGCUUCUGAGAGUGGAGGUUAUAUUCCUAUUUGCAAGACUGAAGUCGUGAACAACAACUUGAAUCCAACUUGGAAACCAAUGUGUCUAACCAUGCAACAGUUCAUGAGCAAGGAGAACCCGUUGGUGAUUGAGUGCUUUGAUUUCAAUACCAGUGGAAAUCAUGUUCUAAUCGGAAAAUUGCAGAAAUCAAUAGCAGAACUUGAAGUCCUUCACCAAAGUAGAUCUGGUGCAAAUUUCAUCUCACCACCUUCUAAAUUCAGACGCCAUGAAAAGGUUAUGAAGAGUCAAAUUUUUGUCAAUCGGUUUGUCGAGAAACAACUGUAUAGCUUUCUUGACUACAUCUCCAGUGGAUUUGAACUCAGUUUCAUGGUUGCUGUUGACUUCACUGCUUCCAAUGGAAAUCCCAGAAGUCUAGAUUCUCUGCAUUACAUUGAUCAUUCAGGCCGCCUAAAUGCCUACCAGCAGGCUAUAAUGGAGGUCGGGGAGGUGAUACAGUUCUAUGAUUCAGACAGACGCUUUCCUGCUUGGGGAUUUGGUGGAAAAACACCAAAUGGUUCAAUAUCUCAUUGUUUUAACUUAAAUGGAAGCCCAACUGAUUUUGAGGUUGAAGGCGUUGAAGGUAUCAUGGCUGCGUACACGUCUGCUCUACACAACGUCGGUCUCUCUGGACCUACACUGUUUGGCCAAGUCAUAAACAAGGCUGCAGAUAUUGCCGGUCACUCUCUUUCUUGCAACCAAGCCAAGUAUUAUGUCCUCUUGAUUAUAACAGACGGUGUGGUUUCUGAUCUUCAAGAAACCAUAAAUUCUGUGGUGAGGGCAUCUGACUUACCCCUAUCAAUCCUCAUCGUUGGAGUUGGAAAUGCAGAUUUCAAGGAAAUGGAGAUUCUUGAUGCUGACAAUGGACGUCGAUUAGAGAGCAGUAGUGGAAGGAUAGCAACGCGUGACAUUGUUCAAUUCGUUCCAAUGCGUGAAGUGCUUGCGGGGCAAAUCUCUGUGGUUCAAGCUCUUCUCGAAGAACUGCCGUCUCAGUUUCUGAGUUACAUGCGUUGUAGAGAUGUUAAGCCUCUUAAUGUUUCUUAGUUCAAGGAUCAAAUUCAAAACCAAACUACUCUACUGAUCUUUGCAUUUUAUAGCUUCUUUUGAUUUUCAUGGAGUUGUUGUAGUUAGUUUUGUAAUUAUAUUUUCGUUUAUAUGUAAAAGAGAUUGAUAUUAUCUCAAGAUGGUCAAGUUUCCUGAGAGAGAGAAAGUGAAUGCAUGAGAAAGGGAAAAAGGAAUCUUGUACAGAAUAUUGAUUUUUUUGGACAUAUUUGAUAGUAGAUGCUUCACACUUUUCUCUUUA